GACGAGAGCAGCAGAGCGCCACCACGCAGCACGCACGGACGCCAUCGAGGAACCCUAGACCAGAGCACAUCACACGGCCGGCGACUGGCGCCCCCUCUUCGGUCCCCAGCGCGGCGACGCCCUCCUGCUUGAGCAGGUGUCCUCUUCUGUCUGCUUGAGCAGGUGACUUCCUGGGCUUUAGGUACUCGCUUUCGCUUCCAACCAGCGCGUCCUCAGCCAGCGCUGGAGGCCGCCCAGCCGCGCCUGCGACCGCAGACCGCGCGUCCUCACUCAGCCAGCGCUGGAGAUCUCCUGUCCGCCCAGCCGCGCCUGCGACAGUGCGACCGCCCUCCUGCCCCCAGGUACGCAGCCGGCCCCUCUCCUCCCUCCUCCCUCUUCCCUCCGCCAGUCCGCCCACAGGCUAGUGCGCCGCCGUGCCACAGGCCACUGCCCAGUGCCCACUGCGCCGCGCUGCACGGCCAAGCUCCAGUGCCCACUUGCUGCCGCUGCAUCCACUUGCCCGGCCAAGCUCCAGUGCGCCGCCGCAUCCACUUGUUGCCGCUGCCCUCAACGGCCCAGAUCCAUCCGCUGCCCUUGCUGCCCCUCACAGUGAAUCACCUCUGCGGCUGGGAGUGAGGGGUCCCAGCCACUUCCCACUGGGCCGCAGACCGUCGGCCUCUGCGCUGCGUCUCACGUCUGUGGCCACUCCACAAGACCAGCAGCCAAGCCAAAUUCUAUGUCAAGUCUGAAAAGACGUUCAACGUUCGUUUAAACGUUUAAAUGUUAAAAAGUUAGUUCAUAACGUUUUAACGUUUUACCGCUUCCGGGGAGGAAAGCACUGCAAGAUGAUACUGCUCCAGUCCCCAUCGAGGUUCCUGCUCCAGAUCCUGCAAGACCGUGUUCUCAGUGGCGAGAAGGGCAUGGACAUUGACUGUCACACGGUAGAGUUCGAUGAUGUCCGGUAUCAUAUCCAGUUUUCUAUGAGGAAUCCAAAGGUAAUGGUGUUGUCAGUUGCUUUGCCUCUGCCACCUCCUGAAGCGAUUCUGUAUGAUGGGCUACCACUAGGUGCCAUUGAAGCUAUAAAAGCAGCAUAUGGGCCAGUUGUGCAGAUUCUUGAUCCUCCAAAGGACGGGUUUGAUCUCACAAUGAAGAUAAAUUUGACAAAACUUCCGCUAGAUGAAGAGCAAAGGAAUACUAUCUUGACACAAAUUGCAUCUAUUAGAGAGGUUGUGUUGGGUGCACCACUGAAGCUCCUGCUGAAACAUUUAGCCUCAAAGACAGUUGCACCUAAUGUUAACAACCUUGUUGCUCUUGUUCACCGCCCUAAUGAAUCAUUUUUCCUUGCUCCCCAGGCAGAUAAAGUUACUAUUGUGUAUCCAAUGAGAUUCCAGGACUCCAUUGAUAUUGUUUUAGCAACUUCCUUCCUGCAGGAAUUUGUGGAGGCAAGACGAACAGCUGCACUUAAUAAUGUUCCUUCUUGUAUGUGGUCUCCGGUACCACCUCUUGAGUUAAAAGGAGUAUCUGCUGAUGCACUAAAUGCAAAUGCUGGCUUUGUUACUUUCGUUGUUUACCCUCGGCAUGUUGAGGGUAAAAAGCUAGAUAGAACAGUUUGGAAUUUGUUGACAUUUCAUGCUUAUGUAAGCUAUCAUGUAAAGUGUUCUGAAGGAUUCAUGCAUACCAGGAUGAGGCGCAGGGUUGAGUCGCUGAUCCAGGCGUUGGACCGGGCGAAGUCUGAUGCUGAGAAGUUGAAGAAGUUGGUACACGGUGGAUCUUUCAAAAGACUGAGCCUGAAGAACGAGGGGGACUCGCGUUUCUGAAGGGAAUUGGCAAAUGUUGUUGUUUUCCAUUUGGCUAAUGACUUCUGUUGUGGGAAGCUUACUUCCGUUCAGUUUUGGGAGCGAAGGCUCGGAACCGGUUAAAUCCAUGCCAUUGAAUUUUAAUGUAAAUUCGCGUUGCUUU